GCUACGGAAAUCGUAUAAACUCGCGAACCGUUAAGAAUCUGUCGGUGUUUUGUAUACAAUGUGACUACAGAUUAUAUAAAGUAAAACAUAAACACAAAUCGUAAAUUACAGGAACUUAUACAUAUCUUGUUUAUGGAAUGGAAACCUAUCGUGUGGAGCGAGAUAAUGAAGACGAAAUGUCCGGAAAUCAAAGUCCAGAAACGAAUGUAAAUUCGGUUGAAAGUCAGGACCUCGACGUGUAUGCUGUUGGUGAACUUGCACUUCCAUAUGGCAUUGAAGAAAAAGAGAAUGAAGUUAUUUUUCUUGAACCAGGCAUCGGGGAAGGGAAAAGAUUACUGGCUGAUAAAUUGACCACAAUCCCACAACUAUUUGCUCUGAUGAGGCAAUUUGUUUCACCAGUUUGUGAGAAUAUUGGACUCAUAGUUGAUGAAAUGUUACGCCGUGGUGUCGGAAUCAACAGCAUUGACUCAACUACCGGCAUGUCCAUGCUUCAUUAUGCAAUCCAAGCAUGUGCUUUAUCUGGAAAACAUGCGCUCAGUGUUGUUAAACGCCUGUUAAGAGAUGGAGCAGACAGUAAUCAACGUGGUGUUUACUCUGGAAUGAAUUCUUUGCAUCUUGCUGCUUAUUUUGAUUUACCUUCUGUUGCUACUGUAUUGCUUGAUAAUAAAUAUUCAGUAGUUGAAAUUGAAAGUUUGUGCCACACAUUUGAUUACGGCACAUCUCUGCACAUUGCUGCAUCCUGUUUAAGUUACUCAACGGUUCAAGUCUUAUUACAGAAUGGGGCAUCAGUUACAGCUCAAAAUGAUGCAGGACUUACUCCUCUUCUUUCCAUCCCUCUUCAGUCUUCCAAUGAAGAGGAUGCAACAAAAGCAGAGAAAAUACAAACUUUGAUAGAAAACUUUGUUCCUGCUUCGUAUUCCAAACAAGUGACAAAGUACAAAGCUUUGUUGGGUUCAAUGGUUGGUUUUAGCGUUCCUAAAAAGGAAGGUGGAGUGACUGUUUCAUUUGACAAAAUGACUGGAAUACUAAGAUAUGUAGGAAGUUUACCAUCGUCCAGUGUAGAAUGGGCAGGAAUUGAACUUGACUCCCCAAAAGGAAAAAACAAUGGAACUCUUGCAGGACGUACUUAUUUCAGGUGUAAGCCUGAUUAUGGAAUAUUUGUUCCAUUAUCAAACAUAGCCGUCCAAGGAAAAGAAACUGUAAGACAGAGUAGUUCUCGAAAAUCUACUAGCAAAGGGAGACGAAAAAAAUCUGAAUCUCCAGAGUUUAGUGUUGGGGAUCGGGUCAGUGUUGCCAAAUCGAAAACAGGAACCGUUCGUUUCAUUGGGAAAACCCAAUUCGCUUCAGGUACAUGGUGUGGAAUUGAAUUAGAUGAUGGUAACACUGGUAAAAGUGAUGGAAGCAUUGAUGGUGUCCGAUACUUCAAGUGUCCAGAAUCAAAAGGAAUCUUUGCUCUCCCUUCCAUGUUAACAAAUCUUGAUUUAACCCCAACUGAGUCAGGACCUACUGAUGUUCUCUCUUCCCAUCCAAGUAAGCAGAGAGAGUUGCUUCAACCUGGUUUGACAGUCGAUAUUCAAGGAAAUAAAAAGCAACAAACAGCUGUCAUAAGAUUUGUAGGAGAAACAAAAUUUGCUGCGGGAGUUUGGGUUGGGCUUGAACUUUCUGCUGCUACUGGUCGUAACGAUGGCUCUGUGAAGGGAACUCGUUACUUUUCGUGCCAACCUAACCAUGGUAUCAUGUUGCGACCAUCAAGGGUGUGGUACAGGGGUGUAAACGGAGAUCAUUUAUUGCCGUAAUAAAUAUGACUAUAGUUGUUAGAGGGGGUGCUAGUAUAUAUAAGGGUGUAUGGACAGUCACUGUGCACUGCUUUAAUAUUUGUUUUUGAAUUUCGUGGAAUUAGAAAUGCAUUUACUGAUGGAGGUGUUAAGAAACAAAAUAGGAAGGGUCCAAACCUGCAUUUAUGAUAAAGAGGUCACUUUCAACAUUAUUUAUAAUUUUCAUUCAUAUAACUCCCCGGAUUCUAUACUGAAACAUGUCUGUCAAACAUGUAAGUGCACAGUGACCAACACCUUAUAUAAAUGUAUAUAUAUAUAUAUAUAUAUAUAUAUGACCAGACUCCUUUGUGCAAAGUAGGCCAAUGUAGUACAUGGUGCAGCAUUAAAUAUUAGAAGUCAUUAUACUGUAGUUUGUUCUAGUUUUCUUUAGAUUACAAAGUAUGCAUAUGAAUUAAGUUAAGUCACAAACUCUAUCUGUAAAAUGUUUAUGCACUUACUGUGUUGUUGCUGAUACACUGUAGUCUUUGAGGUACCUUUAACUUACUCUUUCCUUUAUUUUCACAAUAUAUCUCAGCGAAAC